AAUGCCAUCCUCCUGGCGGGAAACGAUUCGACUAGCUGGUUCCUUUGAAAAUGAGCACUCCUAAUCUACCAAAUGGUACUAUCAGAUCUGGUUUACCUUUUGAGUUAUGUCGUUCUGACUACUCCCUCCCGAUACCAGUCAUAUCACAAGCAUCAUCCUUAGUUUCCGUUCCUAGGAAUGUAUUUAGUGCUUAUCCAUCAACUGCACAAUCCAGAGGCAGUAAUGUCCUACAGAAACCUACCGUCAGUAAUUCAACGUCAAGUUUCCCUUUAGUCACUACAAGUAGCAUUGCUCAAUCAAAUGCCAACGCUUUCGCAAAUUACCCAGCAUUUAACAGUAUUUUUCAAACACUUUUACGUGGAACAAAUCCAUCUCAAGUUACCAUUUCUCCCCCAAAUGUCUCAGGUUAUGUUAAUACAGUGGCAGGACCGAAUGGAAAUCUGUUCACUGGUUUUCGACCUACGCAAUUAUCUUAUCAGCCGAAUAUUCGCAUCACUGCGCCUGGAAUUAUUUCGUCUGGAUCCACUCGUGGGACAGUAAACUCAGUUGCAUUGAGGUCAACAAACUGUACCACACGUAAUAAUGUCAAUUCCACAUCGAUAUGUACAACCACGGCCACUACAACUUGUAAUUCACUGACUACCAGUCGUACAGUCAAUCCAUCCGUGGAAACAUUAUUUGUGUCAAGUAAUUUUGUUUCAGUUUCUGACUCAAUCAAUCGCACGCGAAAAUUGGGUGCUACGGCUUUUGUUCGAUGGGCGGAAGCGUGUACACGGUCGUUCAGAAAGGAGCGGAUUUCUGUUUGGCCUCGAUGCAAAGCCGAUUCAGAUGCAUUGCAUGAAAUGAACUGGAUUAUUUCUCCACCUGGUCUUUUAGGCAUUUAUUCUGAAUCUCCUUUUUUACGACCUGUAGUACUACUGCGCCGUGUUCAGUUUACUGCUCCUGGAAAUGUCAAUCCAAAUAUACCGGAUACUGAUAAUAUGGUCCGUUCUCUGCGUGAAAUGGCUGAUGCUAAAGUAACAAAGUAUCCAGGUUUCGCUCCACAAUUUCCACCUUCCGCAGCUUCCGUAGGUUUCACAACAGACUACAUGACCUAUGUAUUUACCUUGGAAUUGGAGCGUCAAGUUGUCAAACUACUACGUCUUAAGACUGGUGAUCAUUCAGAAUGGAGAGUAGUACUAAGACUUGGUUGGGCUACGACGGAUUUCUAUGUUCCAAGCAAUGUAUCCUCCAAUGCUGUGUCACAUCGUGCCCUUGUCUUGGAGUCAUUACCUCGUUGCCUUUCUAUUCGUGUCUCCGGUCGACCCGUGCCCUUACCUGACCCUAUUUUUCAUGGUGGUCAGGCUCAACGUCUUGGAAAGCGCCUUCGUUUAUCGAUUGAUAUAACAGACAAAGUACUCAUGAAGUGUGGUUCUGCAGUUCGAAACAGAGUUGUCGAUAUUGAAUUAACCUGGUUGCAUGCACCAUUGGAAGAUCAAUCUGUAGGACUUUUAAACUUGGUUGCUGAUGGACUGGUCUCUCCAUUGUUAUGCCAUUUAAUUGGGUUACCUCUAGUUCAAGUUACACUUGAUCGAGCUUAUUCAGUUUCAGAUCUUCGAAAUACUUUUAAUUUAGACAACCCAGAGGCCUACAAAAAUUUCAUCAAUGGACCACUCUUAGAUCCUAUAGAAUUUCCAUCAUUAACAGUAAAUGCAGAUGGUUCAGGAACUUUAGAAGAUCAUGGGGUUUUUGGGGCUUAUGACAAUUGUUUGCCACCGGCAUUCUCACUUCCUGCUGAUAAUACAAAACAUGAACUGAAAUCUCGGCUUCAAAAAUCGUCUAACGAUAGCGAUCUAUGUUUUGAAGAUGGUGACGUUGAGCUUGCUGACUACAUUCCUGUGUGCUUAUUGUGUCCACUAACUCGAACGAGAAUCAAUCUUCCUGUACGAUCGUUCAACUGUUCACAUCUUCAGUGUUUUGAUUUACACUCAUAUUUAACAAUAAAUAUGCGAAGACCUCGUUGGUCUUGCCCUAUUUGUAGUAUCUCUGCACCAUAUCGUGACUUACGAGUGGAUGAAUUUUUUAUGAGUAUUUUGAAGAAUCCUCGUAGUGUUGACGUUGAAUUUGUUCAGUUGGAUGAAAACGGUGAUUGGCAUUUAAAUAAUCCUAAUGACGUUAGUCCAAAUAGUCCAGUCAUCACGGAAUCUAAUCAAGCAAAAAGUGAACAGAAAAAUGUUGAGGAUGCAAAGGCUUCUAUUACAUUGAAAAAACUUGAAGCACCUAAUGAAAGAGCCAUAGUGACUACUGAUAAAUUGAAUGAAUCCGAAACAAACACUGUUGAUAUAAACAAUACAUAUAUGGAAAUGACAGAACAAGUAACUAAAGAUAAUCACAACAAUACUAAUAGUAAUGAUAACAAUUGUCAGCUAGAACCUGAGGUAAUUAUUUUAAGUGAUGAUGAUGAUGAUAAUAAUAAUAGUAAUAAUGAUACAAAGGAAGCGGAGACAAAUUUCCAAAAUGGCAGUAAUGAUAAAAGUGUCAAUCAGUGUCCACAAAAUGUUGACAAGCAUGAAACAACUUGUAAUAACGGUCAAAAAAAUGAUAUAAAUAAUGGUUUUCCAUGUUUAAAAGAAAAAAGUACCAUCUCAAGUAAUACGCAGUCUACACGAACUUUUACGCUUGAAAUUGACCUGACAAAUGAUGAUUCAGAUUCUUCUUCACUUUGUGAACCAAAUAACAGAAUAUUGGAGACUCCUUUUACUACUGAUCAUACUGUUCCGACAAAUGAUAUUCAGCAGUCGGAUCUUUCAUCUGACUUUAUUCGCACAAGAGAUGAAAUUCGAUUUGGUAAUAAAGGUCCGUUAAUAGUGAUUAGCCCGUUACAGUCUAUAAGUAUUCCCAAUUCUUUGUCUGGCUCAACUGAAGAAAAUGAUUUAAAUUCCCAUUUAGAGGAAUUUACCGCUAUACGUAAUGAAUUGACUAUGGAUCCUAAGCAGAUUUCACGUGCAGAUAGUAAUUGGCCUCCAGAACUUGUGCAAACUAUGUUGAGAACCUCUGAUAGUUCCGUUAACAGUAUAAAUCAGUAUGAUAUCAAUGAUUCUAAAUCUGCCUUCUAUCAACGAUUAUUGGAAGUAACUGCUCAUCGAGUGAAUCAAACAAUGCUUAAGAAAAAUUCACAUAUCCCCUUAAGAGAUAAUGAAAGAUUGUUAUAUAACAAGGCAUUAUCUCUUGCUUUUGAUGGUGGUGGGUCUAAGAGGAAAGGAAGUUCAACUAGACCUAAUAAUAACAAGGUUAAUAGUAGACCAAAAACAUCUAAAAAAGUACUAACAUCCGAUUCUGAAGGUGAGUUUUCAUGUUGUGAUAAUAAAUUGUUCAGCCGUGUUUUUAUUAAUAUAAGGGGUUGUGUCGGCAACAUCGAUCAAACUGUCCUACCCUCCAUGGCCUGUGAUGACUGAUCCACCUAGCAAGAUGGAAGUCCGCAAGGAACCCUAACUCGUGAAACGCUACAUAUCACCAGGCACAGAUGACUUACCUUCAAUCCUUUCUAAAGAUCUUGGUGACUAUCUGGUUAAGGAACUGACUGAGUUGCUUACAAAGGUUUGGCAAUUAGAGAGUGUUCCAUCAUCACAAAAUGAGUCAAUAGUUGUCUAUAUCUUUAAAAAGGGUUCACAUCGUUUCUGCAAAGCUAUCGGGGGAUAAGUCUACUUCCGAAUGCGUCCAAACUACUGGCUUCCGUCAUACUUUGUAGAUUGUUCAAAACACGAGGAAGAUUGACUCGCGAGGAGCAGGCCGGUUUUCGUUCUGAUUGAGGAUGUAUUGAUCAUAUUUUCACCCUCCACCAUGUGUUAGGACACCGUCAUACUUAUUACAGGCCGAGAAUCGUCCUGUUUCUUGAUAGUAGGGACGUCUUCGAUUCAUUGGACAGGACUGUUCUCUGGGAUUGUCUUAUGAAGAAGAGUAUGCCUGAUUAGUUUAUUGACAUCUUGAAAGCCCUAUAUGCAAACACCUCAGGCAGAGUGAGGGCAUGCGACCACCUCUCUUCACUGUUCCAUUCAGUUGUGGGGUUAGGCACGAUUGCUCAGACUCACCAUUCAACUUUGUUAUCGAUGACAUUCUGGAAACAGCUCUAAUGGAUGUGUAGGGAAUUGUGGCGCACAUAUAUCUGGUGCUCCCUUGUAGCAAUUAGUGUCAAUAUCUUGAAACAUCGACCUCAAUAGCUUGGACAUGAACUACCUUUAUAACACUCGAGUUUUCUCCCUCUUUACGAAUGGGAUAUUAAUAACUUAGACGAAUAUCUACACUAGAUUCCCUCCCAGUGCCUAUUCUACAGGACUUCAACACAACUCACAUCAAAAACACGUGAUUAGCCUGACUACAACGUAAAUAUAUUUCACACCAAAAAACCGACACGAUUCAACACAAUCGAUCCAUAACAAUAAUGAUAAUAAGGACCGAAGAAUAUAUAACUCAUGUAACGCCUGUCAGACUAUCUACUAGUCUGACUAAACAAACAACUAAUCAUUAUCAAUCUCACCCAUACAUCACCUAUGAAUAUCAUCCUGGAGAGUUCCACGUCGUAAAUUGUUUGCGGACGUUGGGUCUGGUUGGAAAAAGCCGAGGGAUUGUCAGUGUAUGACAAGGUGUCGUGGUGUGAAAGUUGUACCAGACUGGCUUCUGCUAAUCCUUCAUGACUCCCUGGUCGGAGUUCUAGAGAUGGUGCGACUUAGUGGUUAGAGACGUUAUCAAACACGACUCAGAAUAAAAGCCAGUGGCGAUCCUUCUGCAACUUUAUUUAACCUUCUUCGUAAAAGUAAAUGUGUUCAAAUAAAUAAAUAAAGGGGGUUUAUAAAAAUUUUAGAAUUUUAUAAUGUACAUCACAGACUGGCCUCAGUCAGACAACCAUUAAAAAUCGGAAAGCACUAGACAGUAGUAUGAGACCCCUCGGCGAAACUGUAAGUCUACGGCCUCGUCAGCAAGGAUGUAUGUCGGUGUAAUGGUCUAAAGCUUAAGCGCUUCCUAAGAAACCCAACCACGAUCUCUAACGUUGUUGUGCACGCGUGCUCCCAGUGGCGAGUCCCAUAAUGGGAUGAGGCAGCUGUCCAGUCCUUACUGGUUCAUAGUGGUUGCUCAACGUCAGUCAGUUUUUAUUGUCAACCGUUAAACCAGUUUUGCCCAUUAUUUUAUUUUUCUUAAUUUCUUGACAGCGUUUGAUUCAAAGAAGUCCACGAUCUCAUUUUAAUGUUUUAAUGCUUCAUUUUACGUUUCUUUUGUUUUUCUAGUCAUCAGUUUUAGUAACUGAAACUUGGACUUUGUUUUGCCAGGCUAACUGUUCUUUCAGUUAGUUGGGUUAAUUUACACACCGGCCACAACUUUUAAUAUUAUGUCUAGAUAGAUUUAUUUUCUUAUACAUAUCAUGUUCAACCUCAUCAUAACUCUGAUGUACUUUUGGUAAAUAAAUUAUAAUCAUUUAUUUCGUGAAUUCUUCUACUCUUUAAAGAAAUAGUAUUUAUUUGUUUACAAUCUGAUUGUUUUAUUAUUUUAAUUGAGUAUCUAUUAUUUCAUCUUAAACGGCUGAAAAUGAAUGAAAGGUUUUAUUUGUUUGCAAAUAUUUUAUUUAUUAAUCUUCAGGUCUACUUAUUACUUCUAUCAUUGUUGUUUUAUAGAUGAAUUCCCAGAUAAACCUUGUUCAAUAGCAAGUUCUUCGACAAUCACUGGUCGUCGCAAUGCUCAUAUAAUUAAACAACAACAAGCUGCUGCAUUAGCACGCCUAAUACAAGAACGAUCUACUCGUAUCAGAAGUACAUCUGAAGCAUCCAAUGAACAAAGUCGAAAAGGAAUUGAAAAUCUCCCUUCAACAAGCAGUAGUAGUAAAAACGUUAAAUCUAAGAAAAAUACUAUCGGUACACAAUCCAAUAAAAAACGUCCUAUUCGUAAGCGACCUCGUCGACGCCGACCUUCAAAUAUAUCUGAUGAUAGUAACUCUUCUAGUCAAUCUUUAUAUACUUCAGAAAUGUCUUGUGUUUCCACUUCAGAACCAUCAAAUGACUCCUCUUUUGUUAAUUCAUCACAAUGUACUGAUGAAGAUGAUGAUUUGUCAAUCGACUCAUUCUCAUCAGAUGAUCGUUGGUCUCCUUCACAAGUUAGCUUCAACAGGAAGCAAAAAUCUAAACGCAAACCUAAAGUACGUCGGUGAAAUUUCCGUCUUUUAUUCAAAUUUCUCUCGACAUUUUUUUCCUUCUAAAGAUUGUAAACCAGUUUUAUUAUCAGCAUUUUUAUUUGUUCUAUCAAAUUUGUACAGUAAAAUUGGUUAUUUUUUUCACACACUAUCUACCUUCAUAUACAUGUAUAUUAACUCAAGAUCAUUUUCGUUUGCAAUUCGAGUUUUUGUGAAUCCCCUUUUAUUUCGAGAUACAGUUAUAUUUUUCUUUAAGUGUAAUAAAUGUAAAAAAUCGUUUUACAGCUCUAGAAACUAACCAGUUCAUCAUUAAUCUUGAAAAAAGUCAUUAUAACUAAGUGUCUGUAAAUUCGUCAGUCCAUUAAAGCAACACAAUACCUCGCGUAAAUAUUCAUGUUGCUCAGGUAGCUACACUACAUCAACAGAAGGAUAAAAAGUUGAAAAGUUCCAUACCAAAAGAGUUAUAGUAUCGAUAAUGUCUAUUAUUGUGACUUAUGAUACUUUAUUGCUUUCCUACCAAAUAGACUUUGUUGACAAUCACGAAUUGCUUGAAUUUAAGCUGUUUUGUUUAUCAGUUUAAGUCUCGGUCGGUC